AUGGCGGGGUCUGGCUACACUUCACACCAAGGUGUGGUCUUCACUCCAGUUAACAUAGCAGUGAAGACAGGAACUCAGGUUGACACGGACGACGUUCUCACCAAGGAAGAACAGAUUUAUCUGCUGGGUGAAGCGAAGGAGAAAUGUCAAACAAAUGUCAACGCCCAGCUGGAGAAAAUCAAAGAUGCCAGCUGCUUACCGGAAUGGGACGGAAUUAUUUGCUGGCCCGAGGGCUCCCCAAGCCAACAGGUGUCGGUCCCGUGCCCAGAGUACAUCUACGACUUCAACCAUAAAGGCCACGCCUACAGACACUGUGAUGCCUAUGGGAAUUGGGAGCUAGCGCUCAACCUCAACAAGACGUGGGCGAACUACACUGAAUGCACUGAGUUUCUCACCCCUGAGCGCCGGAGCCGAGAGAAGGAGGUGUUUGACCGCCUGCACAUGAUGUACACCAUCGGUUACUCCAUCUCCCUGGCCUCCCUCAUCGUUGCCAUGUGCAUCCUCUGCUACUUCAAGCACCUGCACUGUACACGGAACUACAUCCACAUUCACCUCUUUGCCUCCUUCAUCUGCCGGGCUGCCAGCAUCUUCGUGAAGGACAUGGUGCUUUACUCCGGCUGGCUGCCCGAGGAGCUGGAGAAGAUGCGAGUGGAUGAUUUAAAGGGCGAGUUGGGCCCCUUUCUGGGACACCGGACCCAGCUGGUGGGCUGCAAGGUGGUUGUGACACUUUUCCUUUAUUUCCUGGCCACCAACCACUACUGGAUUCUGGUGGAGGGGCUCUACCUGCACAGCUUGAUCUUCAUGGCCUUCCUCUCCAACAAGAACUACCUGUGGGUCCUCACCAUCAUUGGCUGGGGUCUCCCUGCUGUAUUUGUGUCUGUUUGGGCCAGUGUCAGGGCCUCCCUGGCGGAUACACAAUGCUGGGACCUCAGCGCUGGGAAUAUGAAGUGGAUUUAUCAAGUCCCUAUCUUAGCAGCCAUCGUGGUGAAUUUCGUCCUCUUCCUCAACAUUGUGCGGGUUCUGGCGUCGAAGCUCUGGGAGACAAACACGGGGAAGCUAGACCCUCGGCAGCAGUACAGGAAGUUGCUGAAAUCUACCCUGGUGCUGAUGCCACUCUUUGGGGUCCAUUACGUGGUGUUCAUGGCAAUGCCCUACACUGAAGUCUCCGGCGUCUUAUGGCAAAUACAGAUGCACUACGAGAUGCUGUUCAACUCCUCGCAGGGUUUCUUUGUGGCUUUUAUCUAUUGCUUUUGCAAUGGGGAGGUGCAGGCGGAGAUUAAGAAAGCCCGUUUCCGGAGGAGCCUGGCGCUGAACUUCAAGCAGAAAACACGAGUCACCAGCGCAGGGGGGAGCUGCUAUUAUGGUGGGCUGGUGUCACACACCACCAAUAGCGUCAGCACGAGCAUCACUGGACGGGGGGGAGCAGGGGCAGGGAUGCAGCAGAGUGCCAAGCACCAGGUCCUGCCACUGUCCCCACACACCAGCCUGCUGGGAUAUAUCCCGAGCUCCUCUGCUUCCGACAACUCUGUGCCCUCCCCAACCCAAGAGAUUUCCAAGAAGGCCCCUGGGGAGAACGCCAAGGACCUUGUGUGUUUCCCAGACCUGGGUCAAAGUCAUUCCAGCCUUAGUAAAGAGGUGGAGACUAUGCUAUGAAGAGAGCAAGCAUGUCUCCAACCAGACCCUCCAGACGGGUCUGGAAAGAGUUUGUAGUGUCACGUGGCUGCCAAAAGGAUGACUGUAGUUUUGGGCUGUCUAUGAACAGGCAUUAUGCCAAGCAGAAUGGUUGCGAUGGUCCCUCUGUCUGUAGCUCUGUUGUGACUGAACCUGGAGUACAAGGUUCACUGCUAGGCAACAUGCUACCACAUAAAAAUGUGGGGAAAUUAGAUGGUCAAAGAAGAGCAAGAGAAAUGAUUAAGGGAUUGACAAAUGAGAAAAGAUGUAAAGAGCUCAAACUGGACAGCUUAGCUAAGAGGCAACGUGGGGACGGGAAUCUGCUGGUUUGGGGCCAUAGGGCCUAAAGAGGUAGUCCUCUUCUGCACUGUACUUUUAACUUUAGGCACAAAUAGGCCCCUUGAAAUCCACUGAACUACUGUGAUUUUAAAGGGAAAUGUGUUUAAAUGCUUUGCUGGUUCAGGGCCUUUGAGAGCAAAUUAGUAAAGCCUGGUCAUUCCCCACCAUGUUGGUUUUCAGAGGAACGAUUGACAGGGUGGAGGGUAAUCCCAGAACAUUUGGUAGCUAAGUUUCACAUGACAAAACUCAAAGCAAGGAGGCAGCAGGUUGUCAGCUCAAGCCCACAAACAAGGGCAGUCAGACAGGUCAGUCCGGUGGAAUGGAUGUGGCUUGGACCAUCGUGCAGGCCAAUGAGCUGUGCACUGUUACGCUGCAAGCUGGAGCGUGCUUGGGGAGGAGAGCAGUAUCAGUCUUUCAGCCGACCCAAGUGAGCAGUGGGUUAUGCUGAAUGGUGAUUCCCCCCCCCCCCCCGCUCCUCCAACUGACAUGCUAGUAAUGGCGAGUGCUGUGGGCGCUGCUCCGGGGAUGAAAGCCCACAUUCUCACCCAGAAGCUUUCAUUAAAACCAGGCACAAAAUAGUGACUCCUUUAGUGCUUUCUAUUAUGAAGAGGCAGUGUGGUCUAGUGGGUAGGGCACUGCACUAGGAGUCAAGAGAUGGGGUUAUGUUCGCAUCUCGGCCACUGACUUGCUGCUGGCUGAUCCUGAGCAAGUCGCUCCCUCUCCCCUGUGCCUUUUCCCCUCUGUCUAGUCUAUUUGGACUGCAAAAUCGCUGGGGCAGGGAGUCUCUGUGUUUCUACUGUGGGACGCUGAUCACUGUUGGGGGCCUCUAUCUAUCACCAGCAUAUAAAUACAUAACUGAUCUGGGCCCUCUUCUAAUGCAGUUAAUUGCCCCGUCUUGCUAAAUGACACUUGCUGAUUCAGUUGGACACAGGAACGUUCUUUCCUUGCUGUGUAUGUCAUCACUGUUCCAUCCUGCCUGUGGUGGCCCAUCAGCAGUAAUUCCUUACCUGUCUCCCAAGCGAUGAGGGGAGGUUCAAUUAAUGACAGCAACGGCACACAGUGCUUCGAGAUGCUUCGAUGAGAGGUGGUCCAUUUUAUUCUUGCUGCACAAGUGGAAUAAUGGGGCCUAUUUUCAUGAGUGCUAAGCAACCACAACUACAGUUAAAGGGUCAAAGUUU